ACAACAGCAGACACACGAAAACACAAUACAAAAGAAAAGAAAUACGAUGAAGAACAAGACGAACGUUCUGCUGGCGAAGAUCGUCGUCUUCCUCUUCGCACUCAACUCCGUCUCCCUCUGCCUCUACCAGUUUACCUUCAAAAAUUCAUCGCCCUCCCCCAACCACGGCCUUAACUACCCCAACCGUCGCAACCGUUCCGGCGCCAAUCUCAAGCCAUGGCCCAUCCUCCCUUCCUACCUCCCCUGGUCCCACCACUCCCCCCCGGCCCCACGCUCCUGCGAGGCCUUCUUCGGAAACGGCUUCUCUCGCCGCCUCGACCCUCUCCCCCCCACAAAUCCUGACGAGCAUCCCAGGGGAUGGUUCAGGUGCUGGCACAGCGAGACCCUGCAGAGCUCCAUUUGUGAGGGUGGGUCGGUCCGGAUGGUCCCCGAGAGGAUCAAGGUGUCCAGGGGAGGGGAGGGGUUGGGGGAGGUGAUAGGGCGGGGAGAGGAGGAGGAGCUUCCGGAGUUCCAGAACGGGGCGUUCGAGGUCGACGGCGGUGUUGGGUUUCUGGGUCCGCCGCGUGGCCUCGUGGACGGUGAGUUCCUGGACCGGUACGUGCCGGAGGGGCAGAUCGUCAAGCACACCAUGCGGGAUCUGAUCCGGUCCGUCCAGGUCGUCGGGCCGGGCGAGUUUCAGUGCCACGAGUGGGUUGAGGAGCCUACGCUUUUGGUGACGCGCUUUGAGUAUGCAAACCUUUUCCACACUAUUACAGAUUGGUACAGUGCAUACGUAUCUUCAAGAGUUACUGGGUUGCCUAAUCGACCUAAGUUGGUUUUUGUGGAUGGCCACUGUAUGGCACCCUUGGAAGAAACAUGGAAAGCAUUGUUUUCUAGUCUUCGAUAUGCUAAAAACUUUAGUGGUCCAGUUUGUUUUCGCCAUGCUAUUCUUUCACCUUUGGGAUAUGAGACUGCACUAUUUAAAGGGCUUACUCAAGAAAUAAAUUGUCAUGGAGCAUCUGCACAUGACCUGUGGCAAAACCCUGACAACCAGAAAACUGCUCGAUUAUCUGAAUUUGGGGAAAUGAUUAGAGCUGCUUUUGGGUUUUCUGUAAAUAGACACCAUGCUGAAAAGCCAGUCUCAGUCUCAGGUCAUAAUGUCCUCUUUGUUCGACGUGAAGAUUAUUUAGCUCAUCCUCGUCAUGGUGGUAAAGUUGAAUCAAGGCUUAGCAACGAAGAAGAAGUGUUUGAUUCCUUAAAGGCCUGGGCAUCGAACCAUAAAGUGUGCAAUAUAAACCUUGUCAAUGGAUUGUUUGCACACAUGUCCAUGAAGGAGCAAGUUCGAGCCAUUCAAGAUGCUUCAGUUAUUAUUGGUGCUCAUGGUGCAGGUCUGACUCACAUAGUAUCUGCAUUGCCAAAAACUGUGAUUCUGGAGAUUAUUAGCAGCCAAUAUAGACGGCCACAUUUUGCUUUGAUAGCCCGGUGGAAAGGGUUGGAAUAUCAUGCAAUUCAUCUUGACGGAUCAUAUGCCAAUCCACCAACUGUCAUUGACAAGCUUAGCAGCAGAAUGAGGAGCCUGGGAUGCUGAAAUGUGUUUGGUUUUGGCUGAAUUCGAUUUAUCUUGUUGGAGGUGAUAGGAAACAUUCUCUGAUUCGGUGUCUAUUUGAACGCCAUCAUUCCUGUUUCCUAGAGAAAUGAUGAAGAGACAGAAAAUUGGAUUUACUUUCUAAUGGUUAGAUGCAAUCUGUGGUCAACUCAAAAGAGGGCAGUUUUUUUUUUAGUUUUUCCCUUUGCAAUUCAAAGCACACUUAUCAUUGAGAGGUGGCUGGAUUAUACACUGAAGGUCUGGCACAGUGGUAUGUCAUCUUCGAAGCCAUGAUUCUUGUUUCGGUCAAUUUUUCCAUGCCUUUGGGUAAGAAGCUGAUAGGAGUCAUAAUUUUUCUUGUAAACUAAUUCUUUGUUACUGACACGAGUGUCUUCUUGUACAAUAGAUCGAUUCACUACCUAAUUUAAAUCAGAAUUCUUUGAAAC